AUGGCCGCCCCCGAGCAGCUCGUGCUCGCGAGGCUCCUCUUCAGCGACGAUGCGUACUGGGACUGGUGGGCGGCGUCUCCAGGCGUUGCUGGUGCGAUCUCCCCCGGCGCCCUGCUGCACGUCUGCGCGGACGAGCCGUGCGGCGUGGAGGCACCCGCGGGUUGCGACGAGCUCAUCCACGUCUCGGACGCCCGCAGGCUGGAGGCAGAGGACAUCGCCGAGGUGUUCUCCAACUGCUUGCCCCGCAACCCCGAUGCGAUCUGGCCUGCGGACCUGCUGAAACCGCGUGCGGCGCGGCUGGCCGCUCCACGCCGGGCGGCGCGCCCGAGGAAGGAUAGUGCCGCGCCGCCGACCCCUGGGGCAGCAGGGCCGCGCGCGGCCAGGCGCACGGCCGUGGGUCACGACGCUCCCGUCGAUGGGCUGGUCGGCGACAGUGUCCUGACCGCGCGGGUUGCGAGCCCCCCGCUCGACCUGGAGCCCGCGCGGGAAGAGCUGCGGGCCAGGCUCGCUGCGGCGCGGAACCGGUUCGCCUCGGCAGCGCCUGGGACCGCUGCGGCCGGCGCAUUUCUAGGCAGCGCAAAGGCCGCGCCGAGCGAGGGCAAGCCGAAGAAGCGGGGCCUCGUCGAGGUGCUCGCGGAGCGCAUGGCGAAGGUCGCCAAGGGCCCCAGCGCCGAGGCGACGCGCGGCUCGAGCGGCCCAGCUGCUGCGGCUGCGGCCGGCGGGGGUGCUGUGGGAGAGGGCGCGAAGGAGCUGGCGACGGCGCUCGUGGCAGUGCUCAAGAGCUCGGCCGCGCAGGUUCGCUGCAGGCAGAUGGCGCAGGACCAGCCUGGCAAGUUGUCGGAGCUCACGCUGAUGCAAGUGGCGGAGUUCCUCGGCGCCGUCGAGGGUGACGCGGCGGUGGGCCCGACGACGGCGCUCGUGCUGAGGUGCCUGCUCACGAUCUACCUGCCGCAGAACCCAGCGCAGCAGAUCGGGGUGGCUGCGUGUCGCGAGAUGCGGACGCUGGCCGAGGCGAUCGACUUUCUCCUCCAGGGCAAGAUUCCUCAGGCGCCGGACAUCUUGACCCAGCGGCUGAAGGCGGCGCAGGUCGCAGUCGGCGACGGGCGCUGGGGCGCGGCGAAGUGGCUCGAGCUGGCCCCCGCCAAGGACGAACCCACCACGUUGCGCGACGAGGAGGAAGAGAUGAUCCGCAGCGUCGAGCUCGGCGGGUUAAAGCUGGAGGGCAGCGCGAAGGGCAGCGCGAAGGAUGGCGAGAGGUCGCCUCGCCGGCGCGUCGCGCAGCUCGACGAGACCGCCACGAAGCUGCCCGCUGGAGGCUCGCAGGCGCCGCUGAACUUCAAGGCGGCGAGGGCUGCCUGCCCGAAGAAGGGCGGCGAGGCGUCGAAGGGGCACGAGGCGCGGGUGCGGAAAUACAUGACGGAGUCGCGCGGCCAGAGCAGCGGGUCGCUGCUGGCGUCUGAGGACUUCCCCUGGCUGGAGGCGGAGGGGGCAAGGAGCCGCUUCGCGGCUGGAGCGCCUCCCAGCGGGGGCCAGCAGCGGGGGCUGGCGAGCACUUCGCUCCUAGACGGCGCGCGGGGGCUUCUCGCCGCGGGCUGUGCCGCGCGCGACGCUGAGGCGUGGCGCGACGAGGUCGCGGUCCAGUUCAGCACGACCACCGCAAGCGUCGACAUGGCAGCGCACCUCGCGCAGCUCUUCGAGCGCCACCCUGGGGGAACUUCUUUCGAGAGAAUGUGCAGGGUAGCCGAGAAGACCUGGUUGUUGCUCACCGUCACGGCGCUGAAUUUCACGUACUCUGGUCGCUGCAAGGAGGGUUGGAGGCAUCGCCCGACUUUGCCCCGGGUAGUGCAGCAGGCCACGGGGUUCUUGAAGUCCCGCGUCGUCGACUUCUCGGGGGGCCCGUUCGAGCAGGCGAGCGUGCCCGCCGCCGACGCGGCCCUCAGUGGGGCGACCGUGGACUUGACACAGGCGAGCCCGUGGCUGGCCGCGGCCCGAGCAUGCCGCGGCGCUGGGCGCUCUGGAUUCCGUGGAGCCGACGUUGCCGAGUGGCUGGCUUCGCCCGAGAAGGCCCUUCUUCCCGAAGCCGACUGGCCCGACCCCAUGCCUCGAGCCAAGGUCAACGUCGCGGACGUAGCGGGUUGGCGCGAGCUCGCGGUGCACCUCGUGAAGCUCGGGGUUUUCGCGGUGCUGAGCGAGGACCAGCUCGUCAGGGUCCGGGGCGAGCCGCUCUUGAACGGGCUCUUCGCUGUGGAGAAGAAGGGCAAGCCAGGGCCAGGCGCCGGGCGGUCCACCAGGCUGAUCUUGAACAUGGUCCCUGGCAACGCCCUGCUCAAGCCGCAUGUCGGUGAGGCUUCGCUCCUCGCGGCGUCCACGAUCUGGGUGUCCUUGCACGUCCCCGAGGGCAGGCGCCCCGAGCGGCGGUUGUACAUCGCGUCCGCGGUGAUUGCCAUGGGGUGGGUGUUGGCGGCCCUGGUCUCCCAGCACCUCCACCGCAGGCUGUGCCGCCUGCUGCCGCCCAGGGGCGCAGGGCUUCUGCCUGAGCUGGAGCUGCGGAAGGAUGAGGCACGCCUGAUCGUCGAGCUGGGCAGUGGCCGCGAGGCCGGCUGGUGGCAGGCGUGCAUCGACGACGUCGACGCGCCCGAGAUCGUGGACGAGGCGCGGGCGCGGCAGUUCGUGGGCACCGAGGCGGUCUGCCAGCAGCGCGUUCGGGAGAGGCACAGGCGCGCUUGCGCGGCCUACUCGGCGGAGAAGGCCCACCUGCGGGAGACGCGAGUUGAGCGCAUGGGGGCCGACGUAGAUGGCGCCGGCGGACGGCUUGCAGCGCCAGGCCCCAUGGUGCUGAGUACCGCUGCCUUUUGCCCCGCGACGUUGUCGCAGGAGCGGGUGCCCUGGCGGGUGUGCAUGAUGGCCCUCGGCAAGCUGGCGCGGGCUCUUGAAUUCAGACGCCCGCUCUUCGGCCUCCUCAACUCUGCAUGGCCCCUGUCGACGGCGCGAUCCACGGUCCGGUACAAUGCCGAGAUGGUCGAGGAGCUCUCCUUGGGCCUCAUGCUGCUGCCUACAGCGGCCACCUCUCUCCGCGCUGGCAUCAAGGGGAUGGUCACGGUCUCGGGCGCCUCGGAGUUCGGGGGCGGCGUCUGCGCGUCCACGAGCCUUCGUGGGGAGGCGGCGCCGGCUUUCAAAUCCAUGAGCCAGGUCGCUGAUCACCUCGGCGUGGGCGCUCGGCUGCUCAACAUGCCUGUAGACCCGCGGUGCCCCUGGACCGUGUCUAUCCCUGGGGUCCCGAGGGCAGUCGUGUUGAAGGUGCUCAAUGUCCUAGUCGUGGGGCUCUUCGACGGCGUCGGCGGCCUCGCGGCGUCGCUCUCGAUGUUGCCCGUCAGGAUCGUCGCCGAUGUCACCGCCGAGACCGACGCGAAGGCCAGGCAAGUUGUCCGGCUGUGCUGGCCUGCAGGCGCGAUCGAUUGGGGCGACGUGGCGCGGGUUGGCGAGAACUUGGUGCAGGACCUCUUUGACGCGUUCUCGGAGACGGUGGGCGCGUGCGUCGCUGGCGCGGGCAGCCCGUGCCAGGACCUCUCGCGGCUCAACUCGAGCGGUGGGGGCCUGCAUGGCCGCGAGAGCUCCCUGUUCUACGAGGUGCCCAGGGUCUUCCGGCUCUUGCAGCAGGCGUUCGGGCGGCGGUUCUACUCGCUGCUCGAGGUGGCGGGCAUGACAGACGAGAACGUCAAGGCCAUGUCCAGCUGCAUGGCAGUUCAGCCGUACCUCAUCUGCUCGUCGGUCAUGGCGCCGUGUCGCAGGCCGCGGCUCUUCUGGCUCAGCUGGCAAGUCCAGGUGGCACCGCCGCUGCGCCUUGCCGACAAGGGCUGCUACCUCGUGGUCAUGGCAGACAACGGGCCGCUGCGGGACAUCGAGCGGGAGGCGCGAGCGCGCUGGCAGGCCGAUUCGCUCCGCUAUCACGCUGCGCUGUGCGAAGAUAAUAAUCUCGCGCAGGAUUGUUCUGGGGGACAGUCAGGGAGGCUGCCAAGCUGCACGGAGAGAGAACGAUUGCUCGGGUUCGAUGUGAGUUACACCGCGGCAGCCACGAAGGGCUCGAACCCGCAGGCCGCCCCAGACGCCAGGGCCUUCCUGCUCGGGAACAGAUUCGGCGUCUAUGCGGUCGCAUGGGACUUGCAGCACGCCCCCCUGGCGGAGUCCGCGUUGGCGCGCCCCAUGUCCGCGCCCGAGAUCGCGCGCAUCGGCCAGUGCCGGGGGGCCUGGGACCAGCGCGGCUGCUUCGAAGACAGCUCGGGCGACCCGAACACAGGAGGUCGGCCUCGCUCGAGCCUGGGCGUCUUCGCGUGGCGGUGGCGCGUCGCGCUGAGCACGGCGUGGCCGCGCGAGACGCACGCGCUCAUCAACGUGUGA